UUGAUCAAAAUGAUUUGAAACAAUUUUCGAAAGAUGUAGAAGGCUUGCUAGAAACACCUUCUUGUACUAUUGAUGAUAAUAACUUGACUAAAUGGAUUAAAAAGGAAAAGAAAGGAAAUAUUGAGCCAACUCGUGGUUUAACAGCAGCCAUUAAAUCAUUAAUUAAAGAUUUGCCAUAA